UCAUGCUGCUGCCAGGUCCAGAGUCUGUCAUGGGUCCCUGUACGGCCUCCCAUUGCUGCUGUCUCCAUCGCCACACUCUGCCAUGUGCCACUUUCAGGUCUCCUCACACUGCUGGUGUGUUCCAUUUUUUGUCAUAGGGUGCUGGCAGAUUACGGGCCUCCCAUAGCUGCUGCCAGGCCCCUAAUCUGCCAUGGGCCCCUAUACCGCCUCCUCAUGCUGCUGCCAAGUCCAGAGUCUCUCAUGGGUCCCUGUACGGCCUCCCAUUGCUGCUGUCUCCAUCGCCCACACUCUGCCAUGUGCCACUUUCAGGUCUCCUCACACUGCUGGUGUGUUCCAUUUUUUGUC